CCUCUGCAGAGCGGCCGUGUCUCCUUCUCCCUGCCGGGUGCUCUUGUGAGAGUUCAUAUACCAUGCGCGGUUGUUCUCGCUGUCAGCCUGUCAGGCGGGAGGCACCGCGCACCGGCUGUCUGGCGCAAGGUCCCCUGCCCUAGUAAUCUUCACAUCAUACAUUACCUCACUCGCCCAUUCCUCCUCCACUGUGGUUGCCAAACCCUGUUCCACCUUUGCCAUUGUUGGGCCUCUCUGUUGCUUGUCUGGCUGGUGGUCCUGCUUCUGUCGGCUCUGUUGGGCAUUUCCUCUAUCACCAUCCUAUCGCUUCUUAACAUCCCACCCACUCUCCCCGCCGUCAGACCCUUAGCCAUAAAACAGCCGCUUUAUUAGACCUCUUUGCUUUGCCUCAGAGCGUGUGACUAUUUUACCGGUCUUUCUGCACAAAUAAGCUCGCGCCUAGCUCCCGUUACCCUCUUACAGUAUCACUUCUCAUAUUGAUAAAUUUGCGGAGCGUUUUCCAUUCCCCCCCUCCAAAAAAAAAACCAACCAACCAACCAAAAAAUACCAGCCUUGCUGCCACAACAGGAGCGAAGACAGCUUGGCGUCAGAAGCGUAAUCGGCGCGCGCGCACAGGGUAUUUAGCACAUUAUCGGAAGAUAAACCAAAAGGACGAUAACAGCGGGGAGAAAGAACACAGAAAAAACAAAUCAAGGGCUCAGCCUGUCUGCAUUUGAGAGGGGAAAGCGUUUGUGGUCGAGAGUAAGACCCUGGCCCCCCUCUGCAUUGUCAGGUCUUUGCUAUAACUCUACUGCUGCUUCCGCUAUCUUUCUGACGUUCAUUCCUCCCGCCCGUCCUCUGACUAUUCACUCUCCGUCCCAGUUCUACUUUAGGCGAUCGCGUGGCCCCAUGUGGCGUCUGCUUCAGGUCCCAAGGCAAUAAGAACGUGGAGACAAGAAGCAGACGGACAAGAGUCAGGUCGGGUUGCUGCGACAGUUACGCGAGUAACGACGCUCCAGGCAUCCUUGUUUCACCACGGACCAUCCUCUAAAUUAAUUUGAACGUCCGAUCUGCUAGUUCGGACCGCUGGCUUUCCUCCCGCAGCUUUUCUGCGAUUGUUAGGUCAGAUCCCGUUUUUCUUGCUUCAGCGCUCCCGCUCAUCAUUCUUCAGCUGCAACACCCGCGCGCCCUCCGCACCCCCUCGGCCACCUGAAGCAGAAAAGGCUGCGGCCUCGAUCUCGGGCGACGAAACGCACACUUACCGCGGUAUCGAUUGUGUGCUGGUCCCAACUGCGGUCGGGCAAGCUCACCGCGAGCAUCUUGACCUCGUUUCGUUCAGAUCGAACAAUCUGAGCCCACGCCGCUCGCGUUGACACGGCGCCUGAACCUCGCCCUGCUGCACUCUUAAGGGAAAAAAAAAGCCACAUAUACGUACACGAACACACAUACAUACACUCCAUAUACCCUCUUGCACUGUGCCUUCGUCGUAGCUCGGACUGCGCCAUCCGACGCACGUGCGCUCCUCUGCGUCCCCCGCCAUCACUGCUUCGGUUCUGCAAUUGCGCUGCUUGGGGCACGACCAGGUCCCGAACAUCGUGAGACCUCUUCGGCAGCAUAGACUUUUCCAAAGCGUGAUCCGCAUACCUUAAACUACAUACCACCUGCCGCUUCGACCCUUGCGCAUAUCGCCGCGCGCAUAACGCACGCUCCCUUGGACUUGGACGGUGCACAUGUCAUAAGGCCUCGUCCAUUGCCUCUCUAGCGUUCGCAAAGACGUCUGUCUGCGUUCAUGGCACCAGCAAUAAUGUGCUUCGGAAAGAAAUCUGGACCGCCGGAGUCCAAAAGGCGGAAUGAUGAGAUCGAAAAGCAAUUGCGUUUGGACAAGAAGAGGCAAGAGCGCGAAGUGAAGCUUUUGUUGCUUGGUGCUGGCGAGAGCGGCAAGUCCACAGUUCUGAAGCAGAUGCGCCUGAUACACGCAGGCGGUUUCAACAGACAGGAGCGGAAGAAUUGGAGAAGCGUCAUAUUUAACAAUCUCAUCAAUGCCUUUCAGAUAAUUUUGGGCGCCAUGGAGGAGCAGCAGACCAGCUUCGAGGACGAGGGGAACAUUCACUGGGCGAAAUAUAUCGCAGAAGAUCCAGAGAUUAGCCCUGAGGAGCCGCUGCCGCCAAAGUCACUGGAGGCCUUCCUAGCCCUUUGGAACGACAAGGGCGUUCAGAUGGCCAUGCUGAGGGGCAACGAGUACGCUCUGCAUGACAAUUUGGAAUACUUCCUCGAGGACAUUGAGCGCCUUUACGUCCCGAACUAUCUUCCCUCGGAUCAAGACAUCCUGCGCACUAGGUUACGCACUACCGGCAUCAGCGAGACCGUUUUUGACCUCGGCAAUCUGACUUACCGCAUGUUUGACGUCGGAGGUCAGCGUUCUGAGCGCAAAAAGUGGAUUCACGUCUUUGACAAUGUACAAGUCGUGCUCUUCCUCGUGGCAAUCAGCGGUUAUGACCUCGCGUUGGUCGAGGACCGCAAUGGAAACCAGAUGCACGAAGCGCUUAUGUUAUUCGAGUCCAUCGCCAACAGCAAGUACUUUGAGAAGUCGGCGCUCAUCCUCUUCCUCAACAAGAUCGACCUGUUUCGCGAGAAGCUGGCCACGGGUAUGAGCCCGAUCAGCCGUUACUUCCCCGACUAUCAGGGCAAACCCAACGACGUUGUGGCAAGCCAAGAAUUCUUCGCAGAGAAGUUCAAGGGACUUGUCCGGCAGAGCACGAAAGAGGUGUACGUGCACUACACCAACGCUACGGAUACGGACCUGCUCAAGAAGACGAUGAACAGCGUACAGGACAUGAUCGUCCAGCGCAAUCUCAACCAGCUGAUCUUAUGACCAUAAGGCAGAGCAGCCGAAGCGCAAAGAGUAAACCAAAGGAGACAGCAAUACUAACUCCCAUCAUUGCACGGAGACUCUCAUGUGCAACUAGAACAUUCUCAGUCACGGGAAUAUUGGAAUGUGCUCGCGGUCGAGCUCCGCGGUCCCUCAAAAUGCAUGUAAAAGACAACGCCACGCUCGCAGUUCCGCGAUUCUCGAGAGGCGGGAUUUUUCCCACGCCAAUUCUUCUACGCAAUGCAUAUGGCAAUAGUAGGGAUGAUGCGAGAUUGAGGGUAAGACUGGGAGCAAAUGCCAUUGAUCAAUGCGUAAGACUGAAUCCCUCAUCGCGAGGUUGAAACAAAACACGCACGCACAUACACGCAAGUACACAAAAAAACUCUCCACCAUGAUCAAAAGCUCGGUUUGCUUUUUUUUUGUCUCUCCCUUUGCCUUUCUGCUUCUCCGCUUAUUGUGUUGUUUUUGGGACACACUGAUAAACGGAGCGAGAAGAGGCCGUCUCUCUAAUGUUUUUUUUUUCUUUUUUUUUUU